CAAAUAUAAAGAAUUGGAAGUCAUCACUAUUGCAUGCACUAUGCUGUACUGGUGCUAAUAGUAGCAGGUUUGGGAAGUUCAUUCAGUCAUUUUCAGUAACUGCCUCUUCCUAGAGCCUAACACAGCAACCCUGUGUGUGAGGUGGCAAUACACCCUGGAUGGCAUGUCAGUCCAUUAGAGAGCACCAUGCACACGCUAUUCACACACUCAUUCAUGACUAAGGGGUAAUUUAGCAUAGUCAGGGCUACUGGCAUGUUUUUGGGUGGUGGGAGGAAACCCAUGGGAAAAUCCCACAGGCAGUAAACUGAUUUAACAAUUUGUUUUUAUUUAUUACAGAGGGCCUGAUUAUAACUGAAGUCAGUAACAUCAUCUAGAUUGUGUAAUAUUUUCUAAAGUGGAUUCACUUUAUUAUUUCAAAAGUACUUCUGAUUUCAUAUGUUACAUCCAUUAAAUUAAAUCUUUACAGCAGAUCGAGUUUCAUGUUGGCAUGCAGAAUUUCUAUUAGAUUUAGCUAAUACUGGUGUUCAUUUCAGAAUUCUGCAUUUUAAGCCCUGAAGCUUUUAGAAAAACACGAACGUGCAUGACUUAGUAUUACGCCUUUUGAAUGAUCAAGCAUUGGGUCUAUGGAUGCAGACUGUCCUUAUUUGCCCCAGGUUAGAGUGGCAUUCUUAUAACUGUUGUGGUUUGUCCUCUCACUGUUCAACCCAUUGAGAAAAAGCCAUGAGCAAUCAAAAGCUGCUGAGCAAGAUGAAAAUGUGUCCAGGGAUUAAAGGCCAGUAAUAUCCGGUCCCUGACUGCCCUUGAUGGAAAACACCCAAGCAGUCAAGCUGGCUUGUGUUUGUUGCAACCAUAGUGCUUUGUUAGCUGGAAAUAGACCUCACUGGUGCAUUUUGGUUAAGCCUUCUCAUGGUGAGGUGAAUGCCACAAGGAUUACCUAAAUGCCACCAUCAGAUCUGGGAUCAGGGCAAAAGUUUAGGAUGGUCCUGACCUGACUGUAGCCACACAGACAUAUAGAAUGUGUGUUUGUUGAGGCAAGUCACAGCCAGUUAUUUAAAUAAAUUUAUUUAAUAUAGUUUGGUCCUUAGUUCACUGAUAAUGACACCCUGCUCCCUUUGCUUGGUGUAGGAAUUAUCAUUGGAUUGUGUUUAAUGGAAUAGAGACCUAUAUGGCCUUAUUUGCCUUAGUUCUUUUUUCUAAAUGCAACUAAAAGAUACAUAGCAUGAUGAAUUAUGGAUAAAGCAUUGUUUGUAAUUGAGUCAAUGGCCAAGGUACUGAGACAGAUUUUUACUUUAGUAGUUCUCAUUGAUUCAUGCAUUCAUCUUCAGUAACCUAUUUAUCCUGGUCAGGUGUCCUGGUGGAUCCAGAGACUAUUCUAGCAACAGUGGGCGUAAUGAAGGAAUACACUCUGGAUGAGAUACCAGGCCACCACACGACACCUCACACACUUACCCUUACUUAGGGUGAAUUUACUGUAGUCAGUCUAUCUACUGCCAUGUUUUUUCGAGGUGGGAGGAAACUGGAGAACCCAGGAGGAAACCCACACAGACAAAGAGAGCAAAUGCAACUGAGCAUAUACAGCUGUAGUCAACCCAGGAAGCAUUUGCAUUCAAACUGCUAUAGGAAGUGGCCCAAGAUGUUUAAUUUGCCAAACCGUGACCUAUUCCAAAUUUCCCUAGCUAUUCAAAUUCCAAUCCUCUGCUUUAGUUUGUUUUGGCAGCUAGGGCCAGAUUGUCAUCAGUGCCAUUCUGCUGACACUACCAUUCCCACCAUGAGCUCAUGCUAUUCCAGAUGGAUCUAAUUGUAAGCCCCUUUUCCUGGCUCUUUCUGUAUAUAAAGGCAGGUUGUGGCCACAGUCAAGGGUAGUACACACCCUUUGACAAUUCCUGUCUUCUCUUGGAUCCUUGCACAGCCUCCUCUCAGCUCCCUCCACUGCACUUAUUCUCUUCAAGCACACUCUUUUAAAGGGUGUCCAAAGCAAAGGCUUAGAAUUGGACCAAGAUUGACCCAGCAACAGCAAGCUGAGAAGUUAUGGAUAUUGCCAUCCAGUACCCGUGGUUCAGACGUGCCCUGAGCUACCCUUCUCGCCUCUUUGACCAGUUCUUUGGAGAUGGUCUGUUUGAUCAUGACCUCUUCCCCUUCACUUCCACCACCAUCAGCCCUUACUACCGCCACGCCCUCUUCCGCAGUUUCCUGGACUCCUCCAACUCUGGCAUCUCUGAGGUGAGGUCUGACAGGGACAGGUUCAUGGUUUACCUGGAUGUGAAACACUUCUCCCCUGAGGAGCUCAGCAUAAAGGUGUCAGAUGACUAUGUGGAGAUUCAUGGCAAGCAUGGGGAGAGACAGGACGACCAUGGCUACGUCUCACGGGAGUUCCACCGCCGCUACCGUCUACCCUCCAAUGUUGAUCAGUCAGCCAUCACCUGUACACUUUCAGGUGAUGGCCUGCUCACCAUCUGCGGCCCAAAAACAGGUGGCUCAGAAUACGGGCGUGGAGAUCGCAGCAUUCCUGUCACCCACGAUGACAAACCCAAUCCUGCCCCUUCCUCUUAGACAAGUGGAUGAGGGUGCAUGAGCAUGGCUCAGCAGGGGCUCUAAUUGUUGAGAUUAUUAUAAUCUAGUAUAUUGGGGAGAAACAGAUUAAGAGGAAUGGAUGGACACUGUUUGGAAAGUUCUUUCAAAUCCAGCCACUCCAGAAUAAAAUCAAAUUUAGGAAGCUGAUUUACUUUUCUUUGAAGAAGUAACAAACAAGAAAAAUAAGUUUGGUUACAAAAUUAGUUUCUGUUAAGUAGGGCUGUGAUUUGCAAGAGUUUCUAUAUACAAUCAUCCAGCCUCCUAACCGUUCUUCCUAUGUCUGAUCUUUUCUCUUUUUUGCUUGUUUGUCACCUGACUUUUUCUUUGCCUUCUCUCCUCUAACCUUGUUUUACUGAAACGCCCCUCACCUGAGGCAUGUACUAAAGAUAUUAUCUCAAUAAAGAUGUAUUAUUAACCAAAUCAAAAAAUAAAGUCACCUGGUCUUUUUC